AAUAGCUGGUUCCUCCUCACGUGUAUCAAACAAAACACAGACGGUAGGUUGAAAUGUCUGCAGACUAACGGCUUCGGCGGAAAAGAACAGUGCUGCAGCAGUGUAGCCCAGGCCCUUUAACGAUAUUUGACGUUUUCUGAACGUCUACAAAGCUCAAGUGCACACCGUCUGGUGAGAAAUGGCAGAGGGAGGCUUUGAUCCUUGCGAGUGCAUCUGCACCCAUGAGUAUGCUAUGAGGCGCCUCAUCAACCUGCUCAGGCAAUCUCAGUCCUACUGCACAGACACAGACUGCCCUCAGGAAUUGCCAGGUCCCAGUGGGCCAGCUGGCAACGGAGGAGGUGACCUGACCCUCCCCAUGGUCAUGAUGGGAUGGAUGGUGCUGGCUCUGCUCCUGUUCCUGCUGCGCCCAUCCAGUCUCAGGGGUCAUCGUCCCUCAGGCAAACCUACUGGACCCCACAAUAGUGACAGAAGAGAGCCCCCAGCACCACCUAUUGAUUAGCAGAGAAGCAAGAGUACCAGCAGUCAUCCAUCUGCUCUGACUGGAGCUGCACAGUUGGCUAGUUACUGUGACCAGAACGGCACAAUCUCCCUGUCAAUCUUCACUCUCCAUAUCUUUUUGCUUUCUUCCUAUUUUAAUGGUUGGAUCUGUCUAAUGAUUCCUGUUACUAGAGCCCAACUGAUGCUGGAUUUAUGAGGUCAAUACAGAUGUGGUAUUCCAAAGUUGCAAGAAAUCUGAUCAUCUAGAGGUCAAUAUUGAUGUUUUGAUUUUCAUAAACACAACAUGAACAGUUUUGGCAUAUACUUUUCUGCUUUGGUUAUUUUUUGACAAAGAUAUAGACUGAGGAAGGAUGUUUUACACUUACAAAACCUUUUUGAUCAGGAAACUUAAUAACUAAAUGUAUAAAAAGCCAGUUUUGACUGAUAAUAUUGGCCGACAUCAGCAUGAAGAUCUAUCAGCUGGGCUCUGUGUGUAAGUCUUUAAUUAGAAGGUUUGUUAUCGUUCUGAGUCGGUCCCUGAUCCCAGUCCUGAUGCUGUCUGAUCUGCAGAAAGGCAGACAUAAACUCAAAAUGAAGGAAUGCAUCACAUGGGUUGGGGGAGAAGGGAGGGUUAGCGGAGUUUAAAUUGUUGUUUGAGUGCUUGCUGAGUAAUGAAGGGUGGUGGGUUCUUCAGACUCUGAAACCACUUCCACUUUUAAAAUCAACAUUCUAAACAGUGCCAGUAACGAUGUCCUAUCACAUAAUGUGUUUGAUAUUAAUGCAGUGAAUUAAUCUUUUGUGUUUACGUUCAGGCCUCAAUAAGAUUCCAUAAUCGCCCCAGCCAGCAAAUAGUCCAGUCUUCUUUAUAAACUGCAUUUCCAAGAACGUGUCUGUCCUUUUUAUCUAUAACCCGGUUUGAUGAUUAAGACAGCAGUGCCAGAUUGUUUAUGUUUAGGGGUUUAAGAUUUGUUAAAUACCCACAUGUCAAACCUAAUUUCACAUCAUUGAAGUGCAGGCAGACAGAUAGGGUAUAAUAGUGGGGUAACUGUCAAACAAUAUACUCAGCACAAGCAAAUACGUUAUCAUAUUGAGAUGAUUCUAUGUACUGUAAUUGUUUUGUGGUUAAAUAAUCAUUGUAUACUGACCUAUUAGCAGCCGAGAAUCAUAUUUUAUUAGCACUUUUUUGUGUGUAUGUCUGUUCCUUUUUGAAGGCCUGUUGUACUAAUGCAGCCGUGUAAAUGGUGGCCUUGUGGAGACGGGGAUAAGAGUAGUCUGUGAUUAAUGGGAGCCAUCCAAAGUUUCUACUUCACAUCUUCUGUAUGAUAGUAUCUCAAACCAGUGAAAAGCAAAGAGAAAGACAGUGCCAUAUUUGAGGUCAUUUUUAUUUUAAAUUUGUGAUGGGAAUUAAUUAAUUAUUAUUAGGUUGAAAUAUAGUGAGUGAACAGAAAAAAUGGAAACCCCUUAAUGCAGACCAAUGCACUGGGGAAUGUUGUUUGGUUUCUUAACCAUGUAUGUAAUUGUGUGUGGAUGUUUAUAACCGUACAAAAUGCUCUGCCUCAUGCAACACAAACUACAGCCUCAAAGUUGCAAAGGAGAAUCAACCUUUCUUUGAUACAAUCUCAAGAAAAAUGGAACAUUAUAAUGGGUGGUAUUUUUUUAUAUGUCUAUAAUUGCUUAUUGGAUUUCAGUACACAAUAGAGGGUUUCCUGUCUUUCUAGUAUCUGUCAUGCCCGUGUCGUGGAAACAUGGUUACAGCAAGUGUUUCUGGGCCCUGGUUGUGUUUUUGGUUGUAUUCCAGGGUAUCUGUGAUAUCAGAAAUUACACAGAUUAGUCUUAAAUUGUAGGGUGUUAUUUGAAGGCAUGGUAUAAGAGUUCACAACCUGGAUAUGAUCUGUAACAACUGUGGGCUGAGAUCAUCCUGACAGUCAGGCUCUUUCCAUAUCAGUGAAAGUUGCUACAUCUUUCCAGACUUGCUUGGGAGAGGGCAGGGAGGAGGAAGGAAACCGUUAAGUAAACCAUGAGUGGUUAUAUAAAAUGGGGGGGGUGCGCCAUACUAGAUUGUUCAGAUGUAUAAGUGGAAUAUCUGGUACCACAGAAGACCUUGAUUUAAAUUUUUACUGUCUAAAAAGGGCUUCAACUAUGCACUUUUCCUAUAACAAUAAAAAUAAUUCAGUCUUA